GGAUUCUAGGUUGCCCGAAGAGAGCUGCUUUUCCAGUUCACAGCAUCGAAUGAGUGCGCUUGCCUGGAGAGGCGGGACUGUGACCCGGUUAGACGUAAAACAAGCAAAGCUGUCUCCAUCCUUUCAGACUGGGGGGAGUCUGCGUCUCCCGUUGUAGCCAAUAUGUCUGACUGCAGAAGACAGUGGAACCGGGAGGAUGAGCUACCGGUCUACCUGGCGGGGCCGAUCACCACCGGGCCGAACGCGCGGAAAACCUACGGCAUGUUCAGCUCCGUGGAGGGGGCGUUUGAGAGCAAGACUAUAGACUUCGAAAACUACGCGGUGGGGAGAAAAGGGAGCCGCACCCCGAGAAGCGGAAGCCGGGAAAGGCUCUUAGACGCUGGUGACCCCAUUACCAAGACGCCCAGCGAGGCCCGGGAGGGCUCAUUGAACAACUCACCCGGGGAGAAGGACGACGCACGUAAUCGUGUUGAGGUCAGAUUUUCAUCGGGGACGGAAAGUCUAAAUGGCAAGAGUGAAAGGCUGCUGAUCAAAGGAGGGCGAGUGGUGAAUGAUGACCAGUCUUUCUAUGCCGAUGUCUACAUCGAGGAUGGGCUCAUCAAGCAGGUGGGGGAAAAUCUGGUUGUUCCUGGGGGUGUCAAGGUGAUUGAGGCCGAUGGCCGCAUGGUAAUACCAGGUGGAAUAGAUGUUAACACCUGCCUGAUGAAGCCCUAUCUGGGCACACAGCCUGUUGAUGACUUCUUUCAGGGCACCAAGGCUGCACUUGCAGGGGGCACCACCAUGAUCAUUGACCAUGUAACCCCUCAGUCUGGGGACAGUUUGCUGGAGGCGUUUGAGCACUGGCAGGAGGCUGCAGACAAGAAAGCAUGCUGUGAUUACUCUCUGCACGUAGACAUCCCCCAGUGGAAUGAAAAUGUUAAAGAAGAGUUGGAGCUUCUGGUGCAGGACAAAGGUAUCAACUCCUUUCAAGUAUACAUGGCUUAUAAGGAUGUGUACCAGAUGACAGAUUCAGAGCUCUACGAGGCAUUCUCAUUUCUGAAGCAGCUGGGUGCUGUGGUGUUAGUUCACGCUGAAAAUGGAGAUCUUAUUGCUCAGGAACAGAGAAAAAUCCUCGGAAUGGGAAUUACAGGCCCGGAAGGGCAUCCUCUGAGUCGUCCGGAAGAGGUGGAGGCUGAGGCGGUGUUCCGUGCCAUCACUCUUGGCAACCGUGUGAACUGUCCUGUCUACAUCACAAAGGUGAUGAGCAAGAGUGCAGCUGACACUAUCACUCAGGCCCGGAGGAAAGGUUCGGUAGUUUUUGGAGAGCCGAUUACAGCUAGCCUGGCCACUGAUGGUUCUCACUAUUGGAACAAAAACUGGGCUAAGGCUGCUGCCUGCGUGACCUCUCCACCUUUAAGUCCUGACCCGACAACCCCAGACCAUCUUCACACUCUGCUGGCCUGCGGGGACCUCCAGGUGGUGGGCAGUUCUCACUGCGCUUACAGCACUUCCCAGAAAGCUAUUGGUAAAGAUGACUUCACCUUGAUCCCCGAAGGAAUCAACGGAGUUGAAGAGCGAAUGGGCUUUGUCUGGGAUAAGGCUGUGGCCAUGGGGAAGAUGGAUGAAAACCAGUUUGUGGCAGUCACAUCUACCAACGCUGCUAAAAUCUUCAAUCUGUACCCACGUAAGGGUCGGAUAGCUGUGGGCUCUGAUGCUGACAUCGUCAUCUGGGACCCUGACAGCGUCAAAACCAUCACUGCCAAACUUCAGCAGUCGGCUGCAGAAUACAACAUCUUUGAGGGUCUGGAAUGCCGUGGAGGGCCAAUGCUGGUGCUGAGUCAAGGUCGGGUGGUUUAUGAAGAAGGAAAGCUGCAUGCUCAGCAGGGCACCGGUCGAUUUAUUCCACGCAAACCCUUCCCAGACUCUGCUUACCAGCGUGUAAAGUUCAGGAAUCAGGUAAUGCGUAAACAGAGUGUUACUCGAGGGAUAUAUGAUGGCCCUGUGUAUGAUGUUGCUCUUACUCCCAAAUACAUUACUCCUGCUCCGUCAGCCAAAACUUCUCCCACCUCUCACCAACCACCGCCAAUACGUAAUCUUCACCAGUCCAACUUCAGCCUUUCGGGUGCGCAGAUUGAUGACAAUGUCCCCCGUCGGUCUGGCCACCGCAUUGUAGCACCCCCCGGUGGUCGCUCCAACAUCACCAGCCUUGGCUGAACACAUGCCUGCGUGUGAAGCACGGCUGGUGUGGGGCUUCACCUCUUGAGUGUGUACGAGUAUAUGUGUAUGACUGAGUGUGAGCACGCUGGCAUGAAUGAAUAUCUCUGCAUUUUUGUUUUGGUACAAUGUGACAUGCUCUUUGUAGACCGUUACGGUUAUAUAAGUUUGUCAUGGUCCCUUAGAAAAAGCACAUUUCUAUUUCUAAUACAAAAAAAGAGUGUGAGUUACAAUCAGCUAAGUAAUAUAAAACAAUCAAAAAAAUUCAUGUUCAGGGCACACACACACACACACACACACACACACACACACACACACACACACACACACACACACACACACACACACACACCAAGCAGUGACCCCAGUGUUAUGUCGUAUGUUAUUUCCUUACCUGUGAGCAUGACUUCCUUCUUGUUCUUCCUCACCUCCCACAUCUUACUGUGUGGGUCUGAUAUGGUGCUCCUUUCCACCCACAUGGUGGACAGCUCAAGAAUUAGCCGAUAUUUUUUCCUGCACUUGGUUUUAAUAUCGUGGCAAUCUUUGUUUCAUUGUGGCUCAAGCGGAUCAGUUAUACUGCAUGGACACGUCUUUAGAUGUUACACUACUUGUGGUUUAUUGUUGCAAUGGAGGAACACUUAAAAAUAUACCCAGAGCACAUUUGUAUUCAACAGCAGAAAUGUAUUCUUAUAUUGGUAUAUGUACGCUUUGAAAGACCCUAAUGACAUCCACUGUGGGUAGAGACAGUUGUUACCUAGUUAAAAACGUAUUCAUGCAAUUUAACAUUACUGUAAGUUGUGAAAGGAAUGCAAAAUUUUCUCCACCACCAGAUACUAUAUGCAAAUGUGUCAGUAUUCUCGUACACUCUGUGUGAAAGUAGAUAAGCAGUAGCAAAUACAGAAGCAAGUGAACUAAAUGAAGUUCUAAUUGAUGCACUUACAUAAUGUAGAUUUUCACAAAAAGUGCGUGCAUAGUUUUCUGCCAGUCACUCUCACCAGGAUAAAAACUUUGUUGUAAUGACAUGCUGAACUCAUUGCUGUAAAAUGACUUCAGCUUCCAUCACAGGUCUUUAAAACUUCCCUGAAAAUGUUUUUUUUUUUUUUUAAAUCUCUUCUUAUUCCAGUUGAUUCAUUUGGGCAUUUUCCUCAUUAUGGUACAUUUAGUAUUUCUGUGCCACACUGGUUUUGUUACUUUUGUCUGGUGUCUCCAAUGGAACGCUUAAUAAAGACUCGACUGUUGUCAAAAAUGAUUGUAAAACAAACACACUUGUGAGUUAUUACUGGCCAUAAAUGAAA